AUGAGCGUAGAAGAAUUGAAAAACCAGGGGAAUCAGGCAUUCAAGGCUGGAAAUUACAAGGAAUCCGUCAGGAUAUAUAACAGUGCCAUUAUGCUCGACCCAGGAAAUGCAGUCCUUUAUUCUAACAAAGCAAUGGCUUAUAUUAAAUUAAAAGACUGGCACGGCACUUUGGCUACCUGUAACCAGGCGCUCUCUUCCACCGAACCUGAUGACAAGACUAAAAUCAAACUAUUGUGGAGAAAGUCAAUAGCCCUGCAAGAAUUAGACAGGUUUUCGGAAGCCAAAGAUGCCUUGCAAAAAGCCAUCCAGCUUGAUCCAAAUAAUAAAACUUUGACACAGGAUUUGGAAAGCCUAGAAGAUAAAAUCAAACAACUGGACGCAGAACUAAUAGAAAUUCCGAUACAAUUCGCAGACUCGCUUCCCCCAAAGUACAUGCCCAGAAAGAAAUUCUUCAAAGUGGAAGAGUCUGAUAUCCCACCAGUGCCAGAGCUAGAACGAUUUCCUCGCUCUCCAACUGCAUUGUUCCUUUCUGAGCUUUCGAAAAAACAGCCUAGCGAGAGGGAACAAUAUUAUAAAUACGUGCUUCAAAUGGACAGCUCGGUCUAUACUGGCUUGUUUGAGAGAUCAGGACUCGACUCAAAUUUCUUGGAGUUUUACGUGGAAGCUGCAACAAAUUACCUUGCAUCAUCAGACGAUCGAUUUCUAGAAAACAUCAUAAAACAUCUGGAAGCCUUUGUGAAAACUCCGAGAUUUUCAAUCGCGUCAAUGUUCAUUUCUACAUCACAGGUUGACACACUAUUCAACUUGCUCAAGGCAAAAACGGCUAAAGAUUUAAGAUCAAUUUGGACCUAGUUUAGAAUAAACAGAAAUAUAGGAUGCUCAGAAAAGAUUUAGCUGUGCUUCUUUGGAGAUGAAUAGUUCUUCAAGCCUUUCCUUUUGUUGAUAGUUUCCUCAGGCUGCAAAAGAACGCCGAUUAUUUCUGGCAGAUAGUCGUCGAAGUCAACUCCGUAUGUUCUGGCCAAGAUUAUUGGGCACGCAAUUAGGAACACAAAUACCACCAGAAUCAACAUCAAAAGCACAAAAUAUGCAACCGUGAUUUUUGUUCGAGCCCUGCGCUUUCCAGGUGAAAAGACAGGUCUUCUAAUCUGAUUCCGAGGCUUCAACCAUAGCAGGAGGUAAGAAUGACAGCUAUCGAUAUAUGGCACGAACAAGAAUGGGAACAAGCACACCAAAAUGAAAUGAGAGGUGACCAAAUCGCACGCGAAAACUGAAAGCUCAAUGACCUUACAAAUGAACUCUCUUCCAGGCUGGGUUAAUGUAUGGCAGCCUAGGCCAGACGUCAACCAUUUUCCAGACCACCACGACCGAUUGGACUUAUCGUGUUUGAAUUCGCGGCUCAAAAACACAAUAGUAAGAAGCUUAAAGAUAACGCUUUGCAAAAGGAAUGAAGCACAGAUUCCCAAAAUCGAUUUGGAAAUGUCCCAAUUUUGACACAGCAACAUGAACUCAAAAAAUGCGAAAUGAUUUACACAUGCAAGGAUAUGAGCAAUGUUGGCUAUGAAAUCAGGGAACUUCUUGAACAUGUGGCUCAACAAAGGCCCUAAUAUUGUCGAAAUAGGGAACAAGGCCAACAGAAUUCCUAUGUUGAUCACAAUUGGACCUAAGGUAAUGACAGCGAGUCUUAGAAUUGAGUUCGAAGGAGGACCACUUAUAUCCUCAUUUUGUGAAUUUGCAAACAAGUAAGCCACGAUUACAAUCAUGGCAGCCAGCAGACGAGAACCCACUUGAGUUAUCAAUGCCGCUAAGAAAGAUGGACGCUUGAAAUCAGAUUCUAGAUUAUCGCUGCCUUUACCCAACUUUUUUCUUUUUGCACCUGUAAGUUGCAUUCUUGAACUCCUGACAUGUGUAACCCAUGAGUCUUUCUUAUAGAAGGAAUUACCACUGGUUAGCCACGUCAGGAAAUUCUUGUAAUCAACAAAAAACUCCGUGAAUUGGAACUGGUUUGGAUUGAAAAGGAAUGGCGACAAGAAGAGCGCAAUUGCCGUACACCAGAAAUACAGCAGUGCGACGUUCCACAUGACCAAUGAGCAAUAAAGUAGCAUCAAGAACAUGGUAGAGGCAAAAUAAAGACUCUCAAAGCAAAAUCUGCUAUAAAGAACUGAGAAUGAAACUCUUAUGGUAGAAAACCCUCUUCCCGUGGCAAUAUACUUUGCUCCACCAAUUGCAAGAUCAUUAACAAGCGACUGAGCAUAGAUUCGGCACACAAAGACCUCAAAGAAUGGGGACAUGGACGCAAAAUGGCGUGAAAUUCUGGUGAAGCAUUUCCAUAUUCCUCUCUCCGUCAGUUCUUGGACACAUAGUGGAAGAAAAGAAAUGGAAAAGACUAUGAAGAUCGACAAGAUACAUCUUUGCACCCAUGCGAUGACAGGAAUAAGGCUGACACAUCCUGCAGGUAAUCUCAAAUCUGUGAUAGGUCUAUCCUUAUCGUACUCACAAAUAAUGGAGUCAUUUGUCAAUGCUGCCAGAUUGAUACAGAACAACAUGAACAUUUUCAAAGAAAGAAGAAUAAAGACGUUGUUCAAGUGAAAGCCUGGAUGUGCAUAAUAGAAGGAAAGGAACCUAUCCAAUGGCAGUUGAGUUCCCAGGUAGAAAUAUUCACGUGACAACAUUUGUUCUCCCAUUCCUGCUCCGAUCUUAGUUGUAAAGUUGAGAAUUGAUCCAAAUCCAAGAUCUCUUCCUUUUCCGCACUGGAAAUAUUCACAAUGUUUUAUUCUUCCUCCUCGCAAUAAAGCAUUCAUGCCCGCAUAAAUGUCCUCGUUCAGAUGCAGACCUUUUUGCGACUUCGAGACACCGCCUCUGGUUGUCAUGAAAAUAGAGCUCAAAAAGUCAGGGUGCCCAUAGUGGAGCUUUCCUCCGACAUAAGCCAGUGUCCGAGCGAACAGAGUUCCAAAAGUUUGUUCUUUACCUGCUGCCACAUCACCGAGGACUCCAAUGUUUUCUGAGAAAAUAUAUUCUCUCGUUCCAAUGAUUGCAACAGGAUUCUUUGGAAACAAAAGGCUUCCACUAAUGUUCUCGAUAGGCUCGAGGUAGGGAUCGACUGGUGGAGUAAGCUCCUCAAAUUCAGCAAGUAUACUUCUGAUUUUGAUGCACUCUUCCAAAUAGUUGUCCUGAUUGGCAUCGAUUAGUUGAAUAUAUUCUCCUCUGCAGAAAAUCAGGCAAUGAUUUUGGUUAUCCGACUUUCCGUCACCAAGAAUUGGGUUUCCAGAUAGUUUAAUUCGGUAUUUUGGCUUUCUUGUUCCAUUCUCAAGAAUAUCACAGCUCCCGUCGAUCAAAGUCGAAUAAUAAUUCAUUUCAUUUGUUUCAGGAUCAAGAUCGUAAUCAAUAUAGGCAAUCUGAAGCUCGGGAUAAGUUCUCAACAGAAACUCUUUACAUUCGUCUUGUUCGGCAUUAAAGUCUUUCAAUUUUUGCAGCGACACCACAAUUCUGAAUUUUCGUUGUGCUACUACGCUUGCCUCUUCCAUUUUCUGCUCUUCGGUAGGCGUGUCUAAGUUUUCAGCAGCAUACAAGAGCUUCAAUGCCCGCGAAUAAUUCAUGAACCCAGAUACAGUACGAUACAGCGUUUGAGACCUCAAAGAGGCCCAAACACGAGUUCGUAGAAUAUAUUCAGGGGUAGCAGCUUUGAAACCGACUGAAUAAAAAGCCAAAUCGUUAUUCGCUUCAGCUGACGCAUUACCUGUGUUAACUUCUGAUUCUUUGGCCAGCAGCUUAGUGUCUCUCACAAAAUUAUACCAUUCAAGAGGAUAAAGCUGUUUCAAGUACUCCAACAGAGUAACGUUCGAGUAUUCAUCUUCUUUUUUAAUGAUCUCUUGUAAAGACAACGUGAUUUUCUCGGAGUGAUGAGGAAUGAGAACUGAAAACGUUGGCAUCUGAUCUAUUGGUAAUGGCUUGGGAAUAGGGGUGGAAAGAGAAUGUGCGAAAAAAGUAAGUCUCCUGCUUGCCUCUGAGUUUGGAUCGAGAACUUCUUCUUUCUUAUGUGGACUCUCACCGUCUUCCUGCUCCAUGAAGAACCUUGGCUCAGUCAACAGAACAUGCCCAUCCGCAGUGGUGGCUUGCUGAUAAAUGAGAUUUUGAAGAUGGUCGAUAGACAGCAAAUGCUCUCUGUACAUUGAGACCACAAUAGAGUUCCAUAUUUGACAAACCAUAGCUUUACGUUUGGAAACAUUGCUAGCAGAAAUACUCUGUUGUGAAAGAAUCUUGGAUGCGAUGCGCUUUGGCAGCCGAACGAACAUGUUUCUCCAAGGGGUCCAUAUUGAUACACCGCAGUAGAAUGAGCGACAUACAGAGAAUGCAACAUUCCAGACAAUGUACC